GGAUCACCCAGGACAUCUACUCCAUUUGGUACAGCGCAUGGCAGAGAGAAAAGAGUGUCUAAUGAUGUGGAAAACUAUUACAGACCUUCAAUGCUUGAGGACCCAUGGGCUGGCCUAGAGCCGGUUUCUGUCACAGACAUAAAGCAACAAUACAGCAGUGAGCAAACAGCAUAUACUGGUAAAAAAGGGAGGUAUUUCAGCUAACGUUUUUAAGGCCAAGUAACUCCAUCUUGUCAGGAAAACUUUGGGACAAAGUCUUUACACUUAAACAAGACGAACAAUAAUCAAGACCUUAGAUAACGCUUUUAUUUCACCAUGUGUCCACCCUUUUAUCUGACUUUUUUUAUUGCAUUGGAUAUUUUUAUGUACGGGAGGGAAAAGGAGUGGCAGAACUUACAUUUCUGGCUACGAGGAAGUGCCUACCAGCUUUGAAGAACAAAGUGUUCUUUAAUCACCAGCGACUGAUUUCUGACUGUUAAAACAGAUUUCCAUAUAUUUACCUCUUCCAUGCCAGAUUGUUAGCCUUUUAUUGUAAACUUCUUUGGUAAAUGGUAUUUUUUUAUGUUUCAACAUUUUUAGAAUGAAGUAACUUGGAAAUAAAAGUUUUGUAAA